AAAAACGGUGGUCUCCUGUGCGUACAUAAGGAGACUUCCUUUAAAGAAUUGUUGAUGGCUUGACUCGCCCCAAAAAAGCCUUUCUUUAGUGAUUUUUAUAUAAAUUACCCUGGUUUUCCAAGGGAUAAGUACGUUUAAUCCAUAGGAAAGUUUCUCGUCAAAAACUUUUGUGGGGAAACCCUUCUAAGUGGAAACAUUCACGUGGAUGCUUCCUUCUUUCAUCAAAACAUGCCGGGAAUUGUUGUGUUUAGGCGUCGCUGGAUGGUUGCAAGCGAUGAUUUGGUUAUUCCGUUUGGAAUUGCUUUCGUCCUUAGAGGAAUAUGGUAAGGAAAAAUGUUCUAUUCCACGCUGUUAAUGGCAUGUAAUGAUGGAUCUUGGGAAGUAUGCGAGCAUGUUUUAUGUGUACGUUCCGUUCUACACAAAAUGUUUGACGUAAAGAUACUUUAGAAAAAUUCUACAACUAUUCGACCUUAUGGGACAUGCCGUAAGCGUACAAUCGUGUUAUAAACCAUGUAAUUAUUUAUAUCACGGCUAAAAAUGUCUGUAAGGCAGAUUAUUAUAUUGCACCCCUCUUUUCGGAGCUUACCUACAUGUAAUUGGAAAGGAGGCAUGUGCAAUACUCCGCAAAACUCGAUUUAUUUAGGAAGUCCGCUAUUGUUCUGUUGCUAUUCAAUUUCAUGCUUCCGUAACUUAAGAGAAAGAUGUAUGUUUGCACAGCAGAUAAUUCUAUUUAGCCGUUGAUCGGUGUUAUUUUUCGUCCCCAGCUAUUAGUGAUAAUUAAAUUCUCGAGUUUUGGAAUGUUCUUUCGACAACUCAAGUGGAUUUAUCUACGUGUCGAAAUCUUGUUUUGGAAACUCUAUAAUCUUCGAGCUUUAGGUAUCAAAUAGUGAUUCACAUCUUCUCUUCAAGGGUACUGUAAGUUGCCAGAGUAAAAUUUGGUGCAUCGAUAUGUAUGUCGUGUAAUUUAGUUUGAAAUAAUUGAGUGAUGGGUGAGUGAAACGAUUGCGUGCUUUGUCUUCUCAGUGAGAUGAAUUUAUCGUCUACACCCUGCAGGUCUCGCGUGGUGUUGUAGUCUGGUUUAAAAGUCUUAUAUUUUCACUUUCAAGACACUUUGUAAUAUCGCAAUGAAAAAUGGAAUAGAGACGUUUUUUGUAGUCAGGAGAGAAAUUCAAUCUCAUGUUCUUAUAUUGACCGUAAUGCGGAUAUUCAAAAUUACGUUAUUUCUGCAAAACAACAAAAUGCUACAAUUACUUUUGAUUCUAUUUUUCCUCUUUGCGAUUGUUGUCCAUGUGCAAUGGCGUUUUUGUUGCUAAAGAUAACUCUGCACUGCAUAUCCUGCAACACAGCCCAGUGCAUUUUCAUCAAGCCACAGAAUCAAUCUUCUGCUUAUAUUUAAUUUAUAAUUUGGAAAACUAUGCAAUGUCUAAUCUGCUCCAUGUUAGAUCUGGAUAUUGUCACUAGUGUUCAGAAUUUUCCAGCAUUCCAAGAAUAGACUGAGUUGAGAAAAAUAGAAUUAGUUGAUUUUCUUAAUUUAUUACCUCCUAUGUGGGAUAAUUUGUAAAUUUCAAUUAAAAAUUGCCUUGUCAAAUGUUUGAAUGAGUUCCAGGCUUGUGGUUUUCUGAAUUUCUUAGUUUUAGAAUCUUAACGACAUUAAUGUAUUCAAGUAUCUAUCUUUCUAAAGGAUAGAUAAUUAUUGGAGUAUCGUGCUUGGAUGGACUUCUAUGUUUAGUGAAUAGCUUUAUUUUUAAUUUUUAAGAGUGUUUUCAGCCAGUGAAAUCAAUUAUGUUGGGAAAACAGAUCAUGUGGAUGACAUGUGUGUCAAUUUGUCUUUGCCAUCUGUUUUUAUGUGGCUUGUGGGUUUGAUAUCAAACAGACUGGCUUUACUAAAGAUUAAACGUAUUGUUUUCAAACUUGGAUAUCAGACCAACUGUUUUAUCAGCUUUGUAGCAGAUAGCUCACACCUUUCUUUUCCUCCGGCAUCUUGUUUAUAGAUGUUUGGAAAUAUUUAUAAAAAAGUGGCUGCAGGGCAAUUGAAAUUUGUACUGGGGCAAUUGCUUGGCUCUAUAAACACUGUGUUUAAAACUAUACAGCAAUUGUAAACCUCAAAACACUGUCUGGUUUGAUUCGUUUGUAUUAAAUUUGAAAUUUCUUAUCAAUGUUACUUUAGCUUUGAUUGUAAAUACUUUAACAGUUUGUUUUGUUAAAAAAAAAAAAAAAAAAUGAGGGCUUUGUGUAUUCUUAGUCCUCAUUGAACUUGGACCCAGCUUAAUUGAUUUAGAAAGAGUUGUGAUUUGAACAUUGAAGUGUUCCUUUUAAGUUUUUCCAUAUAUGGAAAGGAUCAGCAAUCAUCCCUUGCAGUGAAUUAUUAAAUAAGAUGGUGGUCGAUAAAGAAUUUUCCUACAACUUCCUCUCUUUAUAGAAGGUCAGUUAGUAUCAAACAUUGGUUACUUACAUGUAGUUGUAAGAAUAUUUUGUCUGAACCAAUUUUAAGUUUUUUUCUCUGAUUUUGUAAUAUUUUUAGAAAAAAGAUGUUUUGUCAUAUAGCUCAUCAUUCUCAUGCUAAUGUGAAGAAAAAAUGUAGAUAAUGUCAUCACUAACCACACAAAAGAAGGUCAUGGUCAAAGAAGUUUUUGGUCUAAUUAGUCUAAAUCAUGCUUGUUUUCCCCUGACCUUCAUAAACUGUAUCUAAUGAAAUUAUUUUAGGUCACAUCAUAAGAUUUGGAUGUUAUGUAUAAUAUUAUGCAGUAGAAUUAUAAACUUGAAAAUUGUUUCAGUUUUCCUUCUAAAAACAAGCUCAUUAUAUAUAAUAUCCUUAUUAAACAUUUACCGCAAAGAAACGUUGCAAUUCAAACCAAUUAAAGGGUUUCUGGUGGAACGUGCUUACAUGUAGAUUGCAGUUUUGACCUAAAUGCAAUUUUUGAAGCAUUUAGCCAAGUCUCUCUCUCUAUUUGAGCACAGUAUUUUUCAUAACUUUGAAUUAAACAAAUUCUGUUAUGUUUAGUGCAAAAUUGUAUAAAAACAAUUCAUUUUCACUUGAUGUUAUCUUCUGUUAAGUGACUAAUGAAAUGCUGUCAGAAAAACCAUAUUGUUUGGUUCAGCAAUGAAUUUAUUAAAGGAAUGACUCAUUUCUUCCAAAUUACUGUAGCUCAACAGAGUGUGUUGUUGUUUGUGUUUCUCCUUGAAAAUGGAAGAAACAUUAAAGAUAGAAUUGACAACGAAGGCUGUGUAUCAUGAAUGAAAAAGCCCCAAGGCAGAAAUUUGGAUUUACUCUGACUCAAAUGAACCAACUUGACUGACCCAACAAAUUGAAAUUGGAAUGUUACACAACGUAGUAAAUAGUUGGUUAAAUAGUUAGUUAAAUGUAUAAUUACUAUUUCUUGUGUCAUACAGUUAUAACAUAUGAAGGCACAGUAUUUAGCAUGAAAAAAAGAAACAGAAUAAAUGCCAGAAUGUUGCAUUGUGAUGAACUGAAGGAGUAGUAUACAGUCGUGUAAUUAGUGAUAUUUAUUUGUUAUGAACAUCCUGCUGUGUAAAGCAGUCUGUUUACACGUAUAAUGCAAAUUAACUUCUUUCAACUUCAAAGGUCUUGCAGAGAAGUGACAAGUUCUUCAUCAUUUUCUAAGCAUUUUCUGGUACUGUAUUUUCACUAAAGGACAUGUUUACACACUGUACAGUCAAGGAGAUGUAAAGAAAACACAACCUUUGCAUAACAAGUGUACAUUUUUCAAUGUAUGUCAUGGUGUCUUUACAAAUAUACAAUUCUGAAACCCUGUGACAAACAGAAUAGUUAGUUUCUUCAAGAUGGGGCUAUUUGUUAGUUUCUGUUCAAUGUGUAUAAAGUGCAGAGUUCUCCAGAUUUUCUUUUUUUAGCUAGCCUUACAAAACAAUAGUGGGGGAAAACAACUGGGUGGCCAAGCGCAAGCAUCCAAAUUAUGUAUUUCCCUUUCCUUUGAUUGUCAUUUUCUUACUGGUUUGAAUAGAUCUCCUAGGGGUUAUACAAAGCCAGAGCAAAUGUUUUAUUUUAUUGUAGAUAUAUUUUUUCCCCAUCAAACAAGCCAGCCCUUUAGAAAUGAGUAGCCAGGGUAAAUGCCAGCUGCCAUUGCUUCUUGUCAGAACACUGAAACUAAUGGUCACUCUUUACAUAAGCAGACACCAAGUUCUUUCUCCUUCUUAUCCUCUGAUGUUUACUGCAAAUAAACCUGUUUCAAGGCAAUACCUCUAUUGAGUGGAUGGAGCGGACACUGAAAUAGGCUUUACUUCAGAUGUAAUACUGUAUGUUAUAUAAAUGCGGAACAUUUUUGAAAACAUAUCUUGUGCAAUGCACCUUACUAUCACCAUAUUAUUAAAAGAGUCCGAAUUGUUGAACUGCAUACUGCAAUGACCAAACUCACCUACUCUGUUUCCAACUGUAUUUGCCAACAGAUUUUCUUUUUAAUCAACAAAAUGAUGACACAGAGCUUAUACAAUGUGUAUUAAAUGGAGACACUACACGGUUGAUUUCAUAAAAUAGCCCAUAAAAUUAACUUAAAAUACAGUUUGCACUGCAUCAGACCAUAAAUUUCACCUUUUCAUCAUAGCAGACUGGACAUCAUAUAGAACUUUGUACCAAAUGGAUAGCCUGUAUUGAUCAGACACUAGUAAGAAUCUAGUAGGUGUCUGCUUGCUACAAUGCUACGUGUUUCACGGAGUUGACACAUAGCUUUGCUCGUGAUUCUUUGUUACAUAAUAAUUUCCAGGAUAAGUUGAUGUUAACUUUCACAAAAUGUUUGCAACGGAUGUACAUGUGCUUGUGAUUAUGAAAAGGUUAUAAUUUGAGUCAAAUCUCUUUUUAAAAUGGUUGCAAACUAAUCCUUUUAAUCCUAACCCUAAGCAAAAAGGAAGCACUAUGUUGCACAAAUGCUUUGACAGAGGGCUAAGGCUUGAAAUCGUACAUGCUGCUUUUUAAAAUUUGCUUGGGCAACUUAUUUUCCUCAAUCAAGAGUAAGGAGUAAUAAAUAUGAAAUGUUAAUGAAUAAAUCAAUUUAACUUUGGAUCCUAAAUGCAAACUAAGUAAUAAUGAAAUAGCAGUUUCCUUCACUGGUUAGGAAAUUGGUGACAUUUGCUGCAAAUGUAGAGCUCAAAAUUUUGUUUGAUUUGCCAAUUAGGGACCAAAAAUAUCAAAGCUUGUUGCACUGAAUUACAAUUUUUAAUGUUACUAGUGUUUUUUAGGAAUCUUUGCUUCACUCUACUUUUUCGUUUUGGUUUGGAUCAAGAAACGUUUCAGCAGAUUUGGUUAGUUUAACCCAGAGAAAAUUAAAUUUUUGGUUGGCGCUUUGUAUGUAGGUUUAUAAAGGGAAGCCCUGUACAUUUGUUUGCUUGGCCUGUGAGUAAGGUCAUUUACUCUCCCUUCCCUCUGGGUAUAGUAUAAGAUUUCUACUAGACAGUGAUGUGUAACCUUUGCUUUUGGUGGUUGUAGCUUUCUGGGUUUCCAUAGAAACCUUCCCUGUGCACGUAUGAUUAACACCCACCAAUUCCAAUAGGUCCCUUUUGGGUUCUUACGGUUCAGUGAUCUGGUGCUGAAAUUACGGCAUGAAGAUGAGGCUAAGUGCGAAGCCACUAUCAUUGAUAUAGAGAAUAAAGUGCUGUGAUGGUGAAAAUGCGAAGAAAAUUCUCAGAAUUCAGUGUGCGAGGGUGAAAAAUUUUUGUGGGAGAGAGGCAUCAGCUAAGUGAUGGUGGCAAAUGGAAGAGAAAAGCAGAACUGUUGGAUUUAUGCAAGAGAUGAGAUUAGUGAACUGACCCAUUCAUCCUUCCAGCUGGUAGCUUAGUUUUCUGCACAUCUUGUGUAGGGUGAAUUACAGAUUUACCAUUUUGCUAACUACAAAUUACUGCAAAUUACAGAUUUCUUUUUCAAAAAAUACAGAUUUUGAGUUCAUUUCAAAAAUAACUGAUUUCAAUUUCUUUCUGCAAACUACAGCAAUUACUCGCUAUGAAUGAGUAAGACCUAAAACAACAGUUAAAUGAUGACAUCAAAACAACUUAGGCAAUGCUGAACAAAAGCUCUGGAAUGUUAGAGAAGCUGUACGUCCAAGAAUUUAAAAUUAUUGGUACUGGAAAUUUGCUUUCACUUAUUUGUAAUUUCUCCUCCAACAGUUUUUCACGGUCUUUGGGAGAAGAGGCUAUUCUUCAUUGCUGCAGUUUCAUGGAUAAAUAGAACAGUUCUGCUUUUUUACAGAGAAAGUUUGACUCGUCAUGUUUUAGUGAGCAGUGGAAUCAGAUAGCCGCUCACAUCAAUACGAAAUGUAGAGGAAAGAGGAGAACUCUUAUUCACAGACUUGCGAAAACUAGUUUGUUUUGAAAACACUGAGAUGGCAGAAUUAGUCUAUCAUUUAACAUAAAAACAUUAUAGGUCGGUUAAUUGAACAGAGUUUAGCCAUUUUUCAACAAAACUACGUUCUUUUUCACUAUUAUGGCACUUCAAUCUUUAUGCUGAUGAGAGCGACUUCGCACUUAGCCUUGUCCUCGUGCCAUAAUUUUGGCACCAGAUCACCAAACUGCAAGAACUUGGGAGUGGCCUAUUCUCAUUUAUUGGUGAUAAAUUAGAUUUGACUGCUUGUAAAUAUGUGGUCAACUUUCUUUUAUUUCAUUUUCAGGAUGAUUGUAUUGUCAUUAGCUGUUGGUAUCUAUCAUGGCUUUUACCACCUGCACCAAGCUGACGAAGAAGAAAAACAUAUUUGUGAACAGACCCUAGAUUAUUUUAUGGGAGGCUACUUAGCCCUUCUUUUUGCAACAAAUAUUAUGGAACUUUCCAUUGCGUGGAUGAGUGGAAAGGGGUCCAUCAUGGACACUGAACCUCGAAAUCUAAUACCACAACUUCUCUAUGUUCGUCUUGUCCUUGCUAUCUUGGAAGUCCUAUGGCUUUCAAUAGGAAUAAAAUGGAUAUUUAUUGAUGGCACAACAUGUGAAUUGACUCAUGAGAUUUAUAUUUCAAGAGCAAUUGUGAUUUUCAACUGGCUGUUUUUAUUUACAGUUAUGGUUAUUAUAUAUUGUAUAUUUGACUCUGCUGGGAAAAUGUGGGUUGAUUUUAAUGAGGCACAGCUAACAGGAGAUAGUAUAGAUGCUUCAGUCAGUUAUGGUAACCACAUCAUGCGCAAAUAUGAAAAACGUUGGGAAGGAUGCUUCAAGCGAUGUUUUUGUUGCUCUGGAGUAGGACAAGGAGAUGAUAAUGUCUUUACCUUUAUUGGAAGGUACAUAAAUCUAUCAAUUUACCCUCUGUGAUUCACUGAUGUACUUGCAUUGUAAACUUAUUAAUUAAAAUAUUUUGAUUUUGUAAUCAUAAUUUGACUUUAUAAUUGUACCCUGUACUAGAUUUUCAUACGAUGUUUUCUCUAUUGAUAAUAGGAAGCUUGCAGAAUAUUUCCAAGAUUUGGAUGUUGUUCCAUCAGACUUUGCAGCUGGACUUGUUUUGCUAAGAAAGUAUCAGAAACAACAAGAACACUAUGCCCUGAUGAAGGCAAUUGAGCAACAACAAGUUCUAGAUUCUCAGGUGUGUUUCUAUGACUUGUUUGACAAUUAUGCAGUAUAGUUGUUGUUCUUAGAUUUACACUUUCAGAAUGUCUGUUUGUACAUCCUCUAAUGAUUGUAUUGAAUACCUGCUUAUUGAAAGACUGUAAAGAUUCCACUAUUUCUUAAGGUUUUGGAUAUCAUUCCUUUUGUGCCAUUUUCCAGUACCAUAUUCUGGUUAUUGUGAUCGAAACAUUAAAAAAUGCCUUGAAUAGCAUUGAGUCUUCAGUUAUUUUAUAACAAACCACAUGUGUAUAUGAGAUGCAAGAUACAACUUAAUCAAGCUAGUGACUUUGGGAUGAGCCAUGAGCAAAAAUAUUUUGGAAAUUAUUGUCUCAGAGUAUAUAUAUUAGAUGAGGACAUGAUCCAAAGUUUGUUCUGUUAGGAAGAUGUGUAUUUGAUUUGUACAAUGGAUGUGAAGAUUAAUUCUGUAUAUGAGAGACUUGAUACAGCUAGCCCAUGCGAUACUGAACAUUAGCUUUUGGGGCUUUGAAGUAAUGUCACGCACAUCCUGACUUCCAUAAAGUUCUCUAUAAGUAAGACAAAGUAAUUUGUGAUCUGUGAAGAUAACACCAUCUGGCUAUAAGCCUUUCUGGUCUGAUCACCUGUUGGCAUGAUUUGCUUUUAAUUGCGAGGAGAAGUUAGAUUGGGUUCAUAUCUUUCUCUGAUACUACUGUUUGACUAUCAUACAAUGCUACUAUGGUAACAUUGCACUGUGUACUCUAUGAAGCAUAAUUAAUGCUUCUUUUCAUAUUUGUCUGGUGUUGCGAUUUGCAGAAAGGUGUCAAAAAGUCAUCACUACGCUUUCAAAGAACAAACACAUCUAGAGCACUGAACCUAAAAGACAAGGUAAGGAGCCUUAUUUGGUUAAGGGUAGUUACAUAGUAAAAAUAUCCUUGCAAAAGUCUGUGUCAGGUUUUCAGUGAGUUAAACAAUGCUGUAGUCAGGGGAGUAGAAAGAAUUACAGUAUUCAUGCUUGUAACACUUUUCAAUAAAAUAUGGAAAUUAUCUGCACCCUAAAAAUCAAUCAAAGCCUUGUUUUUGUAAGAGUGGAAAAGAAACUGUUAUGGAGCAUUACUUUCCCAAAACCCUCAACAAUGAAUACAGAUGUUUUGUUUCAGGGCCACAUUUGUUAGUCUUGCUUGUGUUUAAAGAGCAAUUUUAAUAUUUCUUUCUCAAUUUGGCCUCUUCUUUUUCCUACCUUUAUCUCAAUUUGUACAAUUGUUAUGUACAUGUUUAAUGCUCCAAAAUAACCCUUGUUUCUUGUGUGAUUUUAAUAGUGAGAGGCCAGUUUUCUUACAUUGUGAAUUGUAACUGAAAUUCAUAUUCAGUGACUUACCCUUUUGCCAUAGGACAUUUUACUACCUUCCACUAAUAGCUUUGCUCUUCUGCUACAAUUUCACUUUUAGAAAGAACUGCUUCUAUUCAAGGAUGUUGUUUACUACAUGAACUAUGCAUUGUCUGCUUAUGGUUGGCCAAUUUACAUGAAGAACAAUGUAGCUUGUGGAUGUUGCAAGCUCUUAAAAAGUUUCAGGUACAUUAAAUUGUGCACCUUUAGAACCUGUGGUACUAGUGCACCCAUGUUACCUUAGAAGGGUGUUUAGGGGGGUGGAGGAGAAGGAAGAAGAGAGGGAAUUUGGCAAGAAUGAACAAUGUACACAAAAUGUGUUAAUGCUUACUUAAUCCUUUACACCCUAAUGUCAUUAUGCACAUUCUCCAUACUGUUCUUUAUACAUUUUCUAAGGUGCUGAUAAGGAGAUUUUAUAUACUGAUCAAAAGCUUUUUUUGUUGGUAAUCAUAUCCUCCAUUCUCAUGACCUUAAUGUGUGAUUCAGGGCUGAUAUUGUAGGGAGAAAUUAGGUGCUUGUCACUCCUAGGUUUAAAGAGUUAAAAGCUGUCUUACUUUGUAAUGUUUAUUAGACCCUUUCUUGGUACGAAUUUUGAUGAUUAGUGCUUUGUGUUUAGUGCAACUUGUUGUCAUGGUGAAUUCCUUUUUUGUAUAACUUAGAGGACGUGAGGAUGGAACUGUUAUUGCAAUGUCAUUCAUGUUUGUUCUCUCCAAGAAGGUUAUUAUUGUUAUGCUAACUUUUUGUCAAGUUAAGCAACACAUUAUUUGUUUGUUAUGGCAGGUGUUGCUAUCCAUGUCGUCAUCCAGACCCCAGGUCACAAAAGUUUGUUGACAUUGAAAGUGACAACUGCUGCCGAUGUAAUUACUCAGCCCUAAAGAGGAUAGCUAACAUUCACAACAGUGAUGUCAUUUAUGUCAGCUAUCACAACAAAGUAAGUUUAAUUUUACUAGUAACGUCUCCAUUGUGUCCAUAGGGCAUCAGGGUUUUUAGAGAAUUAUUUGGCUACUACGCAUCUUUCUGAGGUUAACUUUGGGUGAUCUAGGCUAGUUUUUGUUUAGAUGUGGAGAGUAUUACAUGCCUUAUAUUCUUCAUGCUACUUUAUUUCCUAAUGAAUCCUCAAUUCUCUGAACUCUAUUUGUUCAUAAUUUAUCCCUCUUACCUCCAAAAGUUGUCAGCACUGUAAUUCUCCUUUCAUAUUUGAUACACAAUCCAACAGACAGCUUUGGGAAAUUAAGAAAUUGAUUAUUUCCUUGUUGGUGACAUUGGCUGGACUUCACUCAGCCUACAAUGUAUAUAGAAAUGUAAGGUUGUUUUUUGGGUCCGAGGGUUUUUUUCAUAACAGGGCAAUUUAGAAUUAUAAACUGAGUUGCUAACGUAAAUUGGCCACCGCAAAGAGUUUCAAAGCUGACGUUUCAAGCGCGAACCUUUAGUCAGAGCGAAUUAAAGCAUUAGCCUUGUAUCACUCUUUAUUCAUUUGUUUUUCCAUAUCUUGUUCAGAAGGGGUUAAUAUUUUCAAGAUACCUUUAAUUAACUAAGAUUGAGAGAGUAUAUUCAUAGGAACGCAUACAUGUCUUCUCGGUAAUUUUUCUCUUUUUCCAGCUCUUUGAAACACCUUUCUUUGUGAGUGUGGAUCAUGUUAAAAAAGCCAUCGUAGUCACAAUCAGGGGAACUUUGUCACUUCAGGUAAGAAAAGACUCUUUUUCUGUCGUAUGUCAGUAUUCAGACAUAGUUUUUUGUCGUUAAAACUUACAAAAUUUAUUUGCACUCAAUUUAUUCAAAUAUAUUAUGUUCCAGGAUAUCCUUACAGAUUUCUCCGUUGAGCCAGAAAAAAUUCCCUUGGAUGAUGGAGAUCCAACUUGGUUUGGACACAAGGUGUGCACACUUGAAAGUUCAAUCCUUUCGGAUGUAAAUAAUUCCAUGUGCUAAGUUUUGUGAACUUGUAUGCUCUUCUAUCUUCAUUUUUUCAGGGCAUGAUAAGAGCUGCCCUCUACCUCAAGAAAAAAUUGGAGACUGGCUAUUUAGCUCAAGCUUUUCAUUCUGAUCCGGUAUGCAGUUUUAGUUGAUUGUUUUAUUAACAUUAUACUGAGGGAUACAACUUAGGUGAAGACAUCGUUCGAGUCGUAAUUAGCCCCCAGUGGCGGGGUGUAUCUCGGCUCCCAUGACGAGAUGAGGUGUGAGUAUCAUACCUCCCCCUUUGAUCACAGGCGUCCCAAGCUCAUCUCUCGAGUAAAGCCUGGCCUUGAGAUUAAGAUUAAUUCUCGGAAACGUAUGUAUUUAUUCAUGAAAGCGUCACGGGUUGUGUGACGCGGUGUGGGGUUACGCGAGGAACUGUUGAAAAUUUGAACACUUUAUACGAGGAAUCGUAUGUUGUAUGGGAAACGAAAUAAGGACGAUUCCUUGACAUGCAUAACAGUGAUGGCAAAGCAAACACAAAACGAUAGAGGUCGCCAGAAACCACAAAGGGCACACAAGGAGUGAGUAAUUUUUAUUAAACUUACUUUAAAUGUAAGUUGAAAUGUAAAAUGUUCAUAUUUCGCAAUAUUUGGCGUUGUAAAUCGACUAUAUUUCGUUCCCCAUACUAUUCCUUAUCAACGGGUUCAAAUUCUCAACAGUUCCUCGCGGAAACUAACACCGCGUCACACAACGCUUGACUCUUCCACGAAUAAAUAAAUACCUGUCCGAAAUGUAAUUUUCCGCUUUUCUCGAGACGUGAGCUUGGAACACCUGUUCCUAGAUAAGAUUCUAUUCCAUCAGAGUUACCCCGCGGAUUUCGUCAGGUUUCCUUGCAGAAACUUCGCCGGUACCUGUUUACUCUCCAGGGUGGAGAGAGGCAUUAUAAUGUGAAAUUAUUUUGCCCCGGGACGCAAAGGAAUGUCUGUCAGGGCUUGGCCCAAACCCCUUCACCUCUACCCACCGCGUCUCUCGCAUACGAUAUGUCAACCUUAUUGCGAUGAUUCAGAGCGCAACUCCACUGAGUGUCGUAAAACAACAAAAGAAUUAAUCAAAACUACCAGUUUGAACUAAUGAAAAGAGUAUUUUUCAUCGGGUGGUGAGAGUUUAACGUAAAAGCAAGAAUCCGCUAGAAAUAGAUGACAAAUUCCACAACUGUAAGCUCUUUAAAGGAAUUCCUCAGAGGAAUCAUUGGAAUCAAUAAGAAUGUCAACUCGUCAGCUAAAGUGAAUGGUUUUAACUUUUAACUGCUUGGUUGAGCGGGUGGUGGGAGAUUUCUUUGAAGAAUUUGAAGAAUUAAAAAAACUGCAGAGUUUUCGGACAAAAAUUACAAUUUUUCUAGAGUUUGUUGUCAGUGGUAAUGUUUUCUUUUUCUUUUUCUUUUUCUCUUGACUACAGGAGAGGCACACUGAAUCGUAUCGCCUCAUUGUGGUCGGUCACUCACUCGGUGCUGGGACAGCAGCUAUUCUGGCCAUGUUACUGCGACCGUCUUACCCAGAUCUUUUUUGUUAUGCCUUCUCACCACCCGGAGCCACCUUGAGGUGCUCACAUGGUUUCAUUUUACAAGUGCUUUAUCCGCUCACCAUAAAUGCUGUAAUAUUCCCUCGGGGCUUACUUUGUAUGACGGAGGCUGUCUUAGGAAGGAUAGGAAGAGGAAAGGUCAAAUUUUGAAUUAAUUUAAAAGCGAAAAUGCGAGUCAUUACUUUUCUACAAAAUUUUGAUGAUUAUCGUAAGCAGAAUGCAUUUCCUUGGUUUAAAAGGCUAUUGUGCCUUAGACUAUUACAGGUUUUUAAGCAAACACAUAAUUUACGCUGAAGCGCUACUUAGCCUGAAUGAAUGUCAAUAUCACGUCAUAACCAUUUGCACAGUAUCACUCAAGCAUUGUUAUUUACCCUGUUUUCUUAUUUUAGGAUUUUUUUUACAGGGGGAGGGUUUAGGAGGGGCUGGGGCUUAAAGAGGAGAGGAGAAUUUGAAGGUCUAGACAGGCGGGGCCUGAAACAAAGGGGGCUGAUUCGACAGGGGAGAGGUGCCUUAUUAGGGUAUCCGAUCACGUCGCUCACGGACCAACUUGCCCGCGCCAACUCGCUCAAGCAUAAAAUCAUGGCAUUCAAAACGUUCUUAGGACCCUUUCCAUUUAUCUUGUUUGUCCUAACUGUAAAUUGGUUCUUCAGUGCACCGACAAGCUUGAUCGAUCGUAAUUUAUAAAAAUGUUAUGGUUGCUGUUUCAGUCUACCGGCGGCAAAGUAUGUCCGUGAUUUUGUCAUCUCAGUCGUCAUUGGGAAAGAUAUGAUUCCAAGGUAAUUUACGCUAUUGAUGUCUUCGUGAAGAUCCUGUAGUUGAUUGUGAUACUGUGCUUUAGGAUACCCUUGUGGUGGGAUACUUCACGAGUUUAUAAGUUUGGAUGCAUUUAGAUUGAGCGGAGCGCAGCAAAACCAAAGCAAUCCCGAAUUAAUUUCGACAUUCAAUGAAAAAUUGCUCCUAAAUGAAAUGCCACGAAAUCUAAGCUAAAAGUCUCUAUCGAAUUGGUCCUUAGCGCUUGAUAUUUGUGCUUCAACGAGAAUCGAGAGUUGACUAUUGAGGAUGACUGAUCGAGUUUCAACUUAAUAUUGUAUGGGGCUAAGUGGCCAGUACAAGUGGAGUGUCAGGUUACAUUGCGUUUUGUGCUCUAUGUUUAUGCUUUACUACUCUAGUUGGGAAAGCUAGAUGUAUUAUUGCUAAAUAUGUAUGAAAAAUUAAUCUACAAGUCGACACAGUAGCUGAGUGAUUGAGAAGUCAUGGGCGAGAUGAGUUAAACAUUAUUUUACAGAUUGAGUCUUUACACUAUGGAGGAUCUUCGGAACAAGAUUAUGGCCGUGAUAAAAUAUUCCACCACUCCAAAGGUAAGGUAACUAGAAACGCCUAGUUCUUAUAAAAAUGUCUAGUUUUUGUUUCAUUUUAGAUGAAAAUACAACUGGUGCGUUUUCAUAUACACCCCUGUCGUGUUAUCCAUUUAAAGAGGCUACUCCCCAUUUUGUUAUAGGGUUAAUUUGGUUAUCGUUUAUCUGCUUCUAUUCAGCAGUCCUGUAAAUAUAAAAAAGCUGUUUUCUUUGGACACUUCUAUCCAGGCGACACCUUCUUUCACAGACACUAUCUAAGUUUCUUACUGGUAGCAAUGGCCUUUGCGGGCCUAUAGCCUUCUUAUCGGUUAUCCUCAUUGAAGAGGCAGUCAUUAAAGGAGUCUUUUCUUAGUUCCGAGGAAGUUCCCUGAGUAGAGGUACCCCCUGCAGUACCUGUAAAAAAUCCAUUUACGAAAGAAGAGGCUAGAGUCCAAACGUCGUAGAAGAUAUGUACUACAUUUGUUGAAUAAACCACAACAGUUGGCUAAAUAAAAACUAUUGAAGUUCUUAAAAUUCCAAAUAAAGUGUAGCUAAUUCGUGCAACUUAAUUCCGUGAAAACAAAUAACAAAAGUACUCGAAAUAGUGACCACGUCAAUUUUCCAAUGUCCGGGUUAUAGUUCUUUAACGAUUGGCUAAUUUGUGAAAUUACGCGCGCCGCGAGCAGAUAUAAAAAGAAUACGAAGGGGGGAGGGGAAGACAAAAAUUAUCAUUUUUCAAAAAUGACAUUACUCGACGAUGUGCUGAAUUAAUUCCAAACAAGAGAGGAUAAAAAAAUAGGUCUUUUUCGCAGUAGUAAAUAUUUCUUUGUUGCAGUGGAAGAUUUUACGUGGAUGCGUUUGCCGUUGUGCAUUCGUGUGCUGUUAUGGGUGCAGAUGUGUCAACUGUGAUGCUCAGCUACGAGAUAGUGAGGCAGACUGGGAACACUUCCAGUUGCCUAACAACAAGAACUCUCAGACACCACCAUUCUUUCCACCUGGGAGAGUAAUUCACGUGGUCAAAACUGUGUCCGUUCCAGGGUAAGUUAAAGAUGAUUUAAUAAUUAAACGCUAGUAGACUUUACCUACCGAUUAUUAAUCUGACUAUCUGUCUUACUGUCGAUCUGACUGAUUGUGUAUCUGUCUGUUUGUCUAUCUGUCUGAUUGUGUAUCUGUCUGUUUGUCUAUCUGUCUGUCUCCAACUUGCCCGCCUAACCGGCAGUAAUUGUGAUUUGUUAUUUUACCAUUUAUUUGUUUCUUGUUCACAGCCGAUGCGGUCGGAAGGGGACCAUAUUCGAACCGGUUUGGGCUGACUUACAGGACUUCCAGACGAUUCAAAUCUCAGGCCUUAUGUGGGAGGACCACAUGCCAGACUUUGUUCUAAAGGCGCUAAAUCAGUGCCUUCCCUCCAAGGAACAGGAAGAGAGUGUUCUUUCAGCCCCAGAUCCACCAUUUCCUAACGUACUAGAGGUCCCUCCUACAGGAUUUGUGGAGCCUAAUCACUUUCAUAAGCAAAAUAAUCACAUUGCGUCAAGAUCACUUCGAGAAGGUACAUGAACAUUUAUUACUGGUUUUAAAGGGUUAGGACACGGUAUUCUAGCUCGGGGGGGAAGAGGGGAAGGGAGGGAUGGGAGAGGAAGGGGGUUUUGCUUAAUCAAAGAUGGUGUUUGACUUUAUAUUCAGGUCAAAGCAUGCAUUUAUUAUAGAAAUGAUAGAAUCUUCCAAAAGAUCGUGAACUGAUCUAUCCUCAGAACACUUGAUCAGAAGCUUGUAAUACAAAUCGUGCAGGCAGGCAUGACAAUAUUCAUGUUUCUGAUUCCGACUUAAUGUGAUAUUUCGCGGACUAUUUCGAUUUCGUGAGUAUUAACGUGGCAACCUAAAUCAGUAAUGUAUGAAUUCAGCCAAGUCUAAAAGGAGAGCUUGCCAUCAUUUAGAGCAACUUCCGGAAACACGGAUUCCUUUUCUUUUUUUACGUGGUGUAGAUACCAGUAGUGAAACACGACCUUAUUUGCAGUCAUCUGUUUUCUACUCACUGCCCUUCUGUCCAUUUUUUCCUUCAGCGAAUGCGGUCUAUGAUACAGAUGACGAAGUACUCGAGAGAGUUAUUUCUACUGACUCGCUGGCGUUGGGUAAGACCCUGUAUGAUUGUUAUCACACUCUCUUAAGCCCCUUCCGGUAAUUAUGUUAUUCGGUAUUGUUCUGUAACUUUUAUUCAUUAAUUGCUGUAUUUGGUAAUCUUCCCCUCUCCUCUGAACCUUCAAGUUUAAAGCCAGGGUGCUUUCCUUGUCCAUUAAAGAUACAACUCACGGGAAAGUGUCCAAUGCCAUUUUUCUCUUGUAAAGAUCAUGAUCCCUUCCCAUAUUCCAAUUCUAUUCUUUGUAAAAAUUAGUAUUGGCUUACCUUUUACUUCCCGGAUAACGAGCUAUCUCGACGUAUAAACAGAUAACAUCUGAUACUAAUUCGCAAUCUCUUCCCGUUCCUUUCUGCUUUUUCGUCUGACGUCUUAUUCCUGCUGGGUCGUUUUAUUGUAGUCAGCUGCCGUAACCUGUGGUUCAGUUUAUUUUCACUCUAAUUUUCACCAUGGCACCAGUCAUCCUAACCUGAUGCACUUAUGUGGAACUGUAAUUUCUAUCGUAGUGAAUUGAUGGGUUGUUUGUUUAAAGUUCUUCGUCGUUGUUGUUAUUGUUGUUUUUGUUGCACUUCGGCUGUUGCUAGUACCCUCAGCAGUUUGCCUUUUUAUUGUAUUUACUUCUCCGCCGGAGCAAGCUGAGAUUUCUUUCGAUAACACAUUCAUAUGUAUUUAUCUGUUUUUUAAUUUAUGUUCAUGUUUGUUUGCUUUUUUAUCUGUGCUUGUUUGUAUUCUUUUGUUCGCUCUGCUCAUUUGAGCCUUGAUUUGCAAAUCAUUCAAAAUAACGAACAUUUUUUGUGAAACCUGCAGGUAGAUCAACAAAUGACCUUAAAAAACGCUGAAAAAAGUACACUUAACACAGCGCAUCUUAGAGGACAGGAGCUUACUGACAGUUGUUUCAGUAACAACAAGAAACACUCACAUAAAUUGAGAGAAAGAAAGCUGUCAAUUCUUGAAAUGAAAAAUUAAUCAACUAAAUAAUUUACCUCGGAAUCGCGUACCAAACAUGCAUAAUUCUAACCCAUAGUAGCUAACGAGCUCAGUGUUUAACGCUCAUAUCAGAAUAAGUCGUCUCGUAAAUCUUUCUUUUUAUGUACAUUUGCUGCAUGAAAUCCUUACGUCGAGUUUCCCGUCCUCCACUGAACGGUUCUGUUUUUUAACUUUUUUCUCUUUUUCUUCAUAAACUCUGUUUUUUUUUCGUUUCUUCUUUGACUAAACAACAGAAGUUGGACUUGACGUUCCUGCUGAUAUACAAAGCCUCGACAGCUUUGAAAUCAGCGUAACUACAGUUUAGACAAGGUAAAGUUGAGCAUGCUCCUACGCUCUCUGAAGUUAUCAAUCCCUGGAGAGUAAAUUAAUAUUCCGCAUGCCUAAUUUAUUUUCGGUUAACAGUGUAACUUGAUAAAACUUCAGUCAUUACUAGCGUGAUUUAAACGUUAAAAUGUAACACUAUGAAGCCACGAGAGAAUCAAUUUUUUUUUAAUUUCGAAUCGUAUUCAGCGGGACGUUCCCGUGUUGAAUUAGCCACAAGAAUAAAACCAAAUAUAGGCUAAAAUUAAACACUGAAACUCUUUACAAUAACAUUAAACACAACUGUAUUCUUUUCCAUUUCCCUUAAUUUUACACUGUUCAUAAUUUGUCCUCGACUCGUGGCUGUUAUGAAUUUUUGCAAUCAUUGAUAGGCAAUUUUUAUUUUUUAUUAAAGUUGGACACGUUGCUUCGCUUCUUGAUUCAAAAUCGUUUGUUGACAAUUUUUGUUUUUUUUAUCGUGAAUUCAGUAUGUGGUUUUCUUGUUUGUUUGUUUAUUUUUCGGCUGUGGAGGAAGCGACUGUGAUCAGUGUUACACCCGCACUCUUUGCUUUUCUGUGUUUCAUUCUCACUUUUCUUUGUUUUCGUUCUUGUUACUGUUAGAGGGAAGAGUUGGGAGUAGAAGUUUUUUUCGCUGACUGCAAACUUUUUUGUGUGUUUUUUAAUCCUUAAUUUUUGCGCAGUUUUCCAGUAACACUUAAAAUCAAGCGCAUAAGGACAAGUUAAGAAAAAAUUCUUUAUCAGCUACAAGAGAUUUAUUCAUGCUUGUUUCUAUUUUCCUAUCAUUCGUCUCACAGUCAUGCCACUAGAACUUGAACAUCGUUAUUACAGUUGAAAGUGAACCGUCAAGCCAGACCGCCUUACGUUUGGAUCAUUCGAAAAUUAUUUGUAUCAACAAUUCCUAUUGUAUGAUGUCUCAUUCGUCUCCGUUGUUUCUUAUCGUAGCAAGUUCUGUCGGCCACCCUUUUCAUCUACCUAGAUUUAUCAAUUUUCGUUUUUUCUCGUGUGAAAAAAAAAAAGUGGUCAUCAUAUAUAAGACCUCAUGUAUUCCAUCGAUGGCUUAUUAAUUUUUUUUUUCAUUUUCUUUUCAUUUUUCCGUGUAAUAGAACUGAAUCACCCCUUAUGGCGGGUAUCUGCGCUGUCUUCAGAGUCACGUAGAGCACCGAUUGCGCGCCCGGAAAGCGGCUUUGAGGAUUCCGAUUUAGAAGAAAGUGCACCAUCUUCGCGGGUUUCCGCCACCUGGGCUAAUUACAUACUUCCUUCUGUCCAGCAAAGCACUGAUAACGUUGUCAUAGACAUUCAUCCGCGUCCUCGCGCGAACACAGACCUUUCUGAGUCACCAACCUCAGAAAGAUUCACGAAACUUUAUAACGAUACAAGUAAGGCUACCUCUUCUGGUUCAAUUUCGACAAAUAUUUCUUGUACGCCCCGAUCAAACGGGGCUCCACCUCCUAAACCUCCACGAACAUUCGAGACAGAAAGGUCCGAGGGGAGGCAGAGUUUCAGAUAUAAACCGCCGCCGAAGCCGCCGCGAACUUACGAGUACGACUCUCAAAUUCAAGCGAACUUUUCUUCAUCUUUGUAUUGGAAUUUUCCUCGUCCACGAGCACAACGGUAUCAGACUCAGUUUUCGUCUCCAGAUCUGGACGGAAAUAAUCUUUCCUCUGACUCGUUGGAUGGAAAAGAAUCUGGAGAAAUACUUCCUCCUUAUAGUCCACAUCGUAAACAAAAACAGUUUACUUUUCGGAUAAUCAACGACCAUGUGAACGGUGACCUUGAACACUAUAGAGAAAAUUCCUCUUUCUCUAAACAAAGUUGUCAUUUAAAUGGCGAUGCUAUCCGGAGACCGAAGGCACGGUCGAUUGAGUCAUCGGGCCCCGAGUCUCGGUUUUCGGUUUCGGAUUCGGGCCUUCAUAUUUCACAAGAAGAGGAAUUCUUACUAGGAUCUGUUAAACCGCGCGGGGGAAGGCGAAAAAGAAAGCAGAUUAAACAAGCCACUUCAGAGAUACUCCAGCACUCAUGCUCCACCGCAGACCAGCCUCUGACCACGCGAAGAACUGAUGCGAAUUUUUUGGAGACCACUUUAUAGCAUAGCUGGAAGUUAUGGGGAUUUGUAAGUUGUAAAGCCUUAGUUUGCACAUGAAGGGAAGUCCCGUUUGUCUACUCCCUAGGUUUAGUUUUAGUGGAGAGAGAGGUUAACAAUAGUUGUGAAAUAUUUUAAAUUAUUAUGAUAAGUAAAAUUAUGACAUACCAUUUGAAACAAACCCUAGACAAGAGCUUAAACAAAGUUUACAUUUUUACGUUUGUUACAAAUUUAAAUAAGCUUUGUGGCGGAACUCAGCCAGAAAGGUCUAGUUAGUUCUUCGAAUGGCCGUUACUUUUGCAAGUCAUGUAGAACAGGGUGCCUGCAGAGUAUUGGGAAAUUCCUUUCUUUCUUUGUGAUGAUUUGAGUUUCCUGACCAUUGCCAUUUUUGAGAGAAAUCGUAAUUUAAGUAUUUAUGUAUAGACUUACGUGAAAUUGACUGGCUUGCGAUGAUUCAUCGGGCUUAAAUUCCUUUUAAACACACUGAAGAAUUUCCCUUUUGAAAAAUUUAUUACAAUAGCGGCUCCUUAUUGGCCAGCUAGUCUGAACUUUCUAAACGAGUUACUGACCGUCAUGAAAGCGCUCUUACUCAACUGAUACAAAUUAUAACCUUACGAACUGCAAUAUAACUGCUCCAACAAAGCAUAUGUAAAAAGCGCGGGAAAACCCCUUCAGCCAAUAACUUUUGGCCUUUUACCAUGAUCGGUUGUAAAAAUGAUUCUUUCAGAUCUUUUUAAAGUAAUUUUAAUCAAUGAAUUAGAGCCUUUUAUUUAAGAAUUGUUAUUUAUUUCAGAUGUAUCUAGUAUGUAUUGAAACUUUAUGAGAAAAACCAAGAUAUACAUAAUAUAUAAGUUAAAGUGGAGUUUAAAUUCAAGAGAUAUGAGCUAUAAAUAUUAAUUACUGCCUUGAAGUGUUUUUAUUUGACGGUUUUUGCCGCAGCUUUGUUCGUUACUUAAAACUUUUUUUUUUUUAGCAUUUAUUUUAUUCUAUUAUCAGUAAUUUUUUUGUAAAUAUUUCCACAGUGCUUUUCAUUUCACGCUGUGCUUUAACUCGAAGAGAUAUGGGUAAAAAAUAUUAUUGAUAGAUAUAGAUAGUAGUUGUAGAUUCAAAGUUAUUGCAUUGCAUGCACAAAUGAUGAUUAAAAAAUGAUUAUAAUUAAACUUGAAUUACAAGGAGAUGAAAGGUUCCAUAAAUUCCCAUGCUAUGAUUCAGAGGUCCUG